CAUUUCGACCGUUGUAUCGCUAUGCACGCGUUAAAAUUACGCACGUUCAAUUUCAAUAUAUAAUUUAAAGUUAUAUACGAAUUUUUUGUGUUUAAAAUAUAUAUUCGCGAGUGUUUAUUUCGAAUUUUUACGUCUGUGUAUAUUUAUUAUUUUAAAUACAUUUAUUAAUAAAUGUAAUAGUUUCGGGCGUUUUAUUCGCGAAUAUUAGUAUACAUUAUUAUUAUUAUUAUGGAUAAAUAGAAAACUAUCUUUAUAUCAUUAUAUUAUCUAUGAAUGAUAAUUUGUAUGCUUUUUGGUAACGGAUAACUGAUUAAACUUUUUAAAUAUAUACAUGAUUACAAAUACAUAUAUGAUAAAUAUUUUAUAUCUAUUUUAUAUCUACAAUUUUUUAUUUUUUUCAUUGUUGUACAAUUGUUGUAUUAAACAUUUAUAUAUAAUAUUUAUUUAUAAUUUAUUUCAUAAUUUACAAUAAAAUUUUGUUAUAUAUAAUAUUUGAUAUAUUUAGAAUUUUUAAAUUUAAUUGUUAAUUCGAUUUUUGCUUGUGUUCCGAUUUUAUAUUAUUCUACUUUUAUAUAUUUUUACUAUUUUUUAUAUAAUUUAAUAUUUCAAAAUCUCAUAUUUUUUGUUUCAAAUUAACAAAAAAAUGUUUCAAAUUAUAUAUGUAUAACUACAUACAAAUAUAAUUUAUUACAUUUUAAUUAAUUUCAUUUUAAAGUUGUAAAUAUAGAUUUUAUACAAGAAAAUAUUACUUAUAACAAAGAAAAGUUUAAUAGAAAAAUGACUUAUCGAUUUUUUAAUCUAUUAUCGAUCAUCGAUACAUUUAUUUAUCCUCCAGUUUGGAUAUAUGUAUAAAAAUAUAUAUAUCACACACAUAAAUAAUAUAUAAUUAGUUAACUAUCUAAUUUAUUACAGAUGAUUUUUUUAUCAAUAUUUUUUUUUACAAAAAGAAACAAUAUUAUCGUCUACAGUUCGCGAUAAUGAUACAUAUUUCUAUACAUAAUUUGUCUAUACAUAAUAAGCUUUAUAAAUACAAUCCUUUUUGUUACAAUCAUCGAUUAUCUGAUAAUAACAAUAUUGAUUUUUUUAUUGACAAAUUAUUAUCGAAAGACAAGAUUAUCGGCAUGAUAUUUUAGUAACGGCUCUAAUUUUAAGUUCUUUCUAAUGAAAGAAUCAUUUUUUAUUAGAUAUUCAGUUUUAAAAUUUUUUAAUUUAAAUUUCUUUACUCUUAUUAAAAGUUUUACAUUUGUUAACUUUGAUUAUAUUUUUUUUACUAUUAUUUUAAUAUUAUUUUUAUAUUUUUAAUAUUAUUGAAUAAUAAUAUUUUAAAGAUUUAGAAUUAUAUAUUACAUAAUAUUUUACAUGAAAAUAAAGUUUAUAAUAAUAUGAUUUACAAAAAAAAAUAAAAAUUUUAAUAAAAUAUGCAAUUCAUUUGGCAUUUUUGGUUGAAAUAAUAUGCACCAAUAGUUUUAUAGUUCAUUUAUAUUUCUUAUAUUUUCAUAGUGGCGCCAGUUUGGUGCAACUGUGUCCACUUUUGGUACUAAAAUAUUGAAUCCUUUCCCCUGCUAUCAUUCGAUACAACAUCUAUUCAAAAGUACGUUUGUUCAUUUAAUGACGAAAAUCAUGUACCUGUAGUACGAGACGAUAAAGUUCGAAUAUUUUAGUAGCGAAUUAAUUCUAUUUCUUGUAUCUCGAAUAACGUUAUUUUCAUCAAACAUGGAUAAAAGAAAAAUGUCGACAGCAGGGGAUUCCCUGUACCAAAUUUUAGAGAUUCCAAAAACUGCCACUCCUGAAGAAAUUAAGAGGACUUACAGAAAGUUGGCGUUAAAAUAUCAUCCUGAUAAAAAUCCAAAUAAUCCAGAAGCAGCAGAAAAGUUUAAAGAAAUAAAUAGGGCACAUGCUAUAUUAACAGAUUUAACUAAGAGAAAUAUAUAUGAUAAUUAUGGAUCACUUGGACUAUAUGUUGCCGAGCAAUUUGGCGAAGAAAAUGUUAAUGCAUACUUUGUUGUCACUUCUGGUUGGUGCAAGGCACUCUUCAUAUUUUGUAGUUUGAUAACUGCGUGUUAUUGCUGUUGUUGCUGCUGCUUUUGCUGUAAUUUCUGUUGUGGUAAAUUCAAGCCAACACCACCGGAAGACAGUGGAGCAUACCACAAUUUACAGCGGGACCAGAACCCAGAGGCAAAUGUCGUGACGAAUCAGCCCAGAGGCCUGGUUAAGGAAGAGGAAAGUGACGAUGAGGCGAUUACGGCACAACCGCAGGGUGGACCGCAAAACAAUUCAACGAAUCAACAACCCAUUUUUGCCAUGCCUCCGCCACCCGCUACCGUCGAUGAGAAUACAAAUCUGAAUAGCGGUGCUGAAAGAGUUAUUUACACAACUGCCGCCUCUACAAAUCCUUUCAUUGGAGCAAAUGUUGGUACAACUAGCUCGAGUGCAACAAAAUGGUAGUCACCGAACGAUAAAGAUACGCUAUUAUGUUAGAAAAUUUGUUAUGUAACUUUUACGGGGUGGAUUUUCACAUAUGAAUAGUAUGCUAGAUAUCAAAAAGAUUAUUAUCGAAAAAGUUUUUUGCAAACGUAUUUCUCAUUCAUUUUCUUAUUAAUUAUCGUUAAUUGAUGAGUAAUGAAUUAAGUUUCAAAAAUUUUUAAUUAUUUUGAUAGUUUUUUUGAUAUAAAAUAUAACAUAUAAUAUAAUAUAAAAUGGUAAUAAAGACUUCUAUACUUCUUUGAAUUUUGAAAAAAUUUAAUGGAUACAUGUCGGAUUAGAAAUAAAAGAAAGAAAAAAAAAUUAAAUAAAAUGAAUAUUAGAAGCAAAUAUUAAUAGAAAAUAUUUUAAAUUUUUAAACAUUAUUUUUAAAAUAAAUAUAAUUUUUUUAAUAAAAAUUUAUUAAAGAUUAUAAGAAAAAAUAAUAUUAAUAUACGUAUAUAAAUCCACCCCGAUUUUGCGAAUAGAUAAGUAAUAAAGAAAAAGAAAGAAUAAGGGUCUCGAUAUAUAAAUAUCUCAUUCAUAGAUUUUCAAUUAUUCUCAAAAUUGAAAUAAAUAUUUAAUGAUAAAAAUCACAUUUUGUUAAUGCAUGGAAUACAUAAAAAAUUAUACACGUGUGCGUAAAUAAAAAUGGCUUAAAGUUAUUAGACUUUUAUCUGUUAAUUAAUCAUAUUAAUUAUCAUAUGUAUAUUGUAAUUAAUAUGAUAAUGAUAUGAAAAAAGAAAGAACUAUUACUAAUUUGUACAGUUAUAAGUUUAUCUAACUACUUCUUAUUUUAAUAGAUAUACAUAUAUUUAUUUCUAAUAAUAAUUAUUAUAUUUUAUGAAACAUGUAUAUACCGAAAAUGGAUUUGCCACAAAAUGAAACUUCCAAUAUUUGUUAGGAUGAUGUGAAAUUAAUGCACAAUAUCAUAAUAUUUAUUUUGAUUGAUAUUUAUUAUAGCAAAAGAUUAUAUUUACAGAUUCGAUAUCAAUAAUCAUCAUAUUUGAAAGUUAAUUUAAAUGCUAUACUAUAUGUAUUUUUAUUAAGAUAAUAUAAUUGAUUAGAAUAAUUUAUAACACAUAAUAUUAAAAUAAACUGAUAAAUUAUUGGAAUAAAUAAAAUUACACAACGAAUUUAAUUUUAUCAUGAGUUUAAAAACAUAUAAAUUUUAAUUUAUUAUUUGUUCUUUUUAAUUAAUAAAUUAUAAUUUGUAAUAAUUUAAUAAAUUAUAAAAUUUCUUCUUUUAUUUAAAGAUAAAAUUAAAUAUAAGAUAAAUAACUUUUAAUAAUACUUUAAUAUUAAUAUUUAAUGUAUAUUAAAAAAUGUACGUAUUUUAUGUGUUGUUAUUGUGUUGUUAUAAUAUAUAUUUAAUAUAAACAAA